AUGAUCAAAAAUACAACACUAUCAGAAAAAACGAAGGAUUCUCUCAGAGUAGUACUGUUGAAGCCCAGCGACAGCUGGCUCGGUAGCAACGAGAAGGUGUGCCCACUGAGCAUGGGCGGCGCGGCGUGCGCGGCAAAGCACCUGAGCUUUAAGAAAGGCAAAACUUUGGUAUUUAUAAGCGGGUAUUUGGAUGCAUCGUUUUCUCCUAUUGUCCGAGCGGUAGCAAUACCGUAUGUUAAGCGCGGAUAUAACGUGAUCAUUAUGGAAAUAUACCCUGUACUCCAUAGGAGUUACCCGAUAGCGGCUCGCCUCACAAAGCCACUGGGCAAAUUGCUAGGAGAUUUCAUAGCCCAUUUAACACACAAAGGACUGCAUCCCGAUAAGCUAGAGCUGCUUGGAGGAAGUUUGGGCGCACAUAUAGCGUACUAUGCGGCAAUGAGAUACCACAAGCUAACGCAUCUGAAACCGGCUAGGCUCACUGGUUUGGACCCGGCAGGGCCAUGUUUCCGAACGUUACCUCGUUCCGAGCGAUUCAACUCGGACGCGGCACAUAGAGUCGACGCUAUUCAUACAAAUAUUGAUGGGUUUGGUUUAGCCGACGCAGAUGCUGAUGUCGAUUUCUAUGUAAAUGGAGGCGAGUUCCAGCCAGCGAUGGUGUUCGAUCACCUGUUGCCAUGCUUGCAAUUUUGCAGUCAUGUGCGAUCUGCCAUAUAUUGGUUUAUCUCACAUUAUGAACCAACAAAAUUCUUAGGAUUCAAAUGUCCUUCAGUCCAAGCAGUAAGACAUGGACAUUGCUAUCACGGAGAAAAUGAAGUCAACGUUCUUGGACCGAACACUAAUUUUAGCAGACCCGGUAUUUAUUACUUAGCUACGACAGCUAGUAUGCCAUAUUACAUGGGAUCCGAUGGGUUAAAAGAAAGAAAGCGCGGGGUAAAUAAUUAUUUAUACAGAAUAACAGAUGACGAAGAUAUUGUUGUA